AUGAAAUACGUUGCUGCAUACCUUCUUGCUAUCGCCGGCGGAAACAAGACACCAUCAGCUGCUGAUGUUAAGGCCAUCCUUGAAUCAGUCGGCGCAGCUGUCGAUGAGCAGAAGCUCAAUCACGUCAUUGCCAAAUUCGAAGGCAAGAACAUCGAAGAACUCAUCGAAGAGGGUGCUAAGAAGAUGAUCUCCACAGGUGCUGCCGUUGCCGCCGCCCCAGCCGCUGGUGCCGCCGGUGCUGCCGCCGAAGAGGCUCCAAAGGAGGAAGCUAAGGAGGAAGAGCCAGCAGCUCCACUUGAUCUUGGUGAUAUGUUCGAUUUUUAA